AGAUGCUGUGUGUGUCAACUGAUAUCCUUGAGCAAGAAACGAGACUAAGAUUGUCAUUAUGCUAUAUGCAAGGAGAGAAGAAGGGCGGGAAAUAUCUAUAUUCUGUAUAACAAUGGCCACAGUUUUUAAUUCCUCUGGUAGAUGCAUAACUUGGGCUGUUGUUAGAGUGCCAGAUGUGACAUAAUGUUAGAAUAGCAGAUAUGACAUGAUGUGUAUUCACCAGUAAAUAUCACCUGCAAACAGCUUAAGAUAUUACAAGUUGCCAUAAUAUAUGCAACAUGGCAACAACCAAUGGGAGCCCUGAUAUACCAGCCAAAGAAUCAGAAACCAAGACAAAGAACACUAAGAACAUAUUAUUUAAAUGCAAGUAUUGUGGCAAGGAAUGUAACAAAGAAUACAACUUACAGAUUCAUGAAAAGCUACAUACUGGAGAAAGGCCUUAUAAAUGUGACUACUGUGACAAGAGGUUUAUCCAGAAGGGACAUAUGAUAGAACAUCAGAGGAUCCACACUGGAGAGAGGCCAUAUGUAUGUACAUACUGCAAUGAAGGUUUUGUAAGAAAGAGCAGCCUUGUUGAUCAUGUGAAAUCUCAUAUUGGGGGUCCAACUGAAAAACCACACAAGUGUCAGUACUGUAAAAAGGGAUUUAAGAAAAGGGGUGAUUUGAAAGGUCAUGAAUUGAUUCACACUGGAGAGAAGCCGUUUAAAUGUCAAUACUGUGAGAAAUCAUUCAAUCAACGAGGUACCAGAAGGCAGCAUGAACGCUUACACACUGGAAAACAAUUUCAGUGUCAAUAUUGUGCAAAACGAUAUCAAACUAGGGACAAUUUAGAAAGACAUGAGAGACUCCAUACUGGAGAAAAACCCUUUAAAUGUGAAGUUUGUGUUAAAUCUUUCACUUCUUCAUACAUGUUGAAAAGACAUCAACAAAUUCACGAUCCUGGUGCUUUACUUUUUCAAUGUGAAUUUUGUGAUGCAAGGUUUAUUACUGCUAACACAAUGGAAAAACACUUGAAAAUUCAUAACAAAGAGACACAUUCCAAUCAAAAACUUCAUGCAGCUUUAGACAAUAAUGUAGAUUUUAGUGAAACACUCUUGUCUGGUACCAUUCAAAAUGAUUAUGACAAUGAACUUAAAGAAAAUGAUGAAAAAGAAAGAUCUUUUGCUAUGGAUGCCGAUGAUCAUGAGAACAUGGAAGAAUUCAAUUCUGAUGUAUGUGGAAUCACUAUCAAACAGGAAAAUAUUAGUUCUGACAAUGAAGAUAUAGUUGGUAGAGAACCAAUGAAUGCUGAUUCAAUACAUGAUAAAGCCCUGAAUAUAGAAACGAUGAAUGAUGAUUCAGUGCAUGAUAAAGCCCUGAAUAUAGAACCAAUGAAUGAUGAUUCAGUACAUGAUAAAGCCCUGAAUAUAGAACCAAUGAAUGAUGAUUCAAUACAUGAUAAAGCCUUGAAUAUAGAAUCUAUGAGGAAUGGAGAAUUAUUGUAUGCCAGGGAAGAGAUGGAAAAUAUAUCUAUUAAACAAGAAAUUGAAGACACAGAUGAUUAUGGUAAUGUCAAUGAAAUUGGAGCUACUGAAAUAAAAGAAGAACCAGUUGACUUUGAAAACAAUGAAUUUGAAACUAAUGACCUGUAUGGUGCAGAAACUGAUGUUAAUCACAAACCUUUGGAGACUGGUAUUUAUGAUGAAUAUAAAACAAAUGAUGUUGUUAUAAAACAGGAACAUGUGGAAGUUGAUGGGUGUGAGGACAUCAACAGUUGGGAUGUUGACGUAAAACAAGAGAAUGACAUAGAUGUUGAUAAUGGAUCUAUACAUAAUGAAAGUAUGUAUGAUUAUGAUACUACAGAGCAUACAACUGAAGUGAUGAAUUUGAUAAAGCAAGAAAAUGUUGACAAUGCUUAUGAAGAUGAUGGUCUGUGGCACAGACCAGAUGAUAGUGUAGCUGGUGAUAAUGAUCUUGAUGAAACAUAUAAUAGUCCUAAUGAAAAUGUCUCCCUCGCCCAACAGAAAUGUGAAAAAACUCCAAAAUCAAAAACUGUAAAUCUCCAAUGCAAAUACUGUGACAAACUUCUUAGCAAAGAAUAUAAUUUAAAAAUUCAUGAAAAGAGACAUACUGGGGAGAGGCCAUAUAAAUGUGGGUAUUGUGAACGAACAUUCAUCCAGAAAGGACAUAUGAAGGAGCAUGAACGAUUACAUACUGGCGAGAGACCUUUUAAAUGUGAAGCCUGCGGCGAAUGUUUCAUGAGAAAAUGUAGCUUAACAGACCAUGAGAAAAUUCAUGAUGGGACAUCACAGGACAAACCAUUCAAAUGUCAGUACUGUGAUAGACGCUGUAGAAAAAAGGGUGAUGUCAGAGAACAUGAGAGAAUUCAUACUGGAGAAAAACCCUUCAAAUGUCAAUAUUGUGAUAAAUGUUUCAAUCAGAGGGGGACUAGAAGGCAGCAUGAAUCCCUACACACUGGACUACGAUUUCAAUGUCAUUUCUGUGCAAAACCUCACCAAACAAGGGAUAACCUAAGGCGACAUGAAAUGACUCACACUGGGGAAAAACCUUUUAAGUGCUAUAAAGAUGCUAAAGCUGCUAAUGUACAGUUUUAA